CUGCGGGGACCGGGAGACGGGGAGGCGCCCCCAGGACAGUCCGGGCCUCAUCCUGCCACCACUGUCCGCUCUCGGCUCUCCACUGCCCAGCUCCGGGACCCUUAUGUCAGCCUUGCCGUGGGCUCUCUUGACACCUGGCCGCUUCCCCCCACUUCCCCACCCCAGUUCGUCUACAUGCUGUGCAGCUGACAUUUUGGGAGCUCAGAGCCGAUCGGGUGAGGCCCCAGCCUGCGCCUUGGACGGCUCUGGGGCUGGGAAGGGCACAGCCUGGUGUCCAUGGCUGUGGCGGUCUGGCCUGCGAGGCUCUCAGCUUGCGAUUGUGUCUUGUGCUGCGGCCAGACCGGAGCCGUCCACACCUCCUGUGCACAUCCCUCGAGGCACCUCUCCGAGGCUCGGGCCACAGAUCGUGCUCAGUGUGUAUGGACCAGACGUGUUUGGGAACGAUGUGGUUCGAGGCUAUGGGGCAGUGCACUUGCCUUUCUCGCCCGGCAGGCACAAAAGGACCAUCCCCAUGUUUGUCCCAGAAUCCACGUCUAAACUGCAAAAGUUUACGAGCUGGUUCAUGGGACGGCGGCCCGAGUACACAGACCCCAAGGUGGUGGCUCAGGGUGAAGGCCGGGAAGUGACCCGCGUCCGCUCUCAGGGCUUUGUCACUCUCCUCUUCAACGUGGUGACCAAGGACAUGAGGAAGCUGGGCUACGACACUGGGCCUUCUGACACGCAGGGCGUCUCCGGGCCCAGCCCGCCGCCAGGACGCCCCCUGUGAAGGCACCCAGCCCCUACCCCCGCCCACCGGACCAGGCCCCGCCCGCCAGACCGGCCGUCCUCAGACAAAGCAGGUUGUCCUUCCAGAGAGUUGGCCUCGGAUACAUCUGCUUGACGCGUGGCCUCGUGGGACUGGGAAAGGGGGUGGGUGGAGGCUUUUAUAUAAUAAAGCAUCACCUUUUCACAGAA